AUGAAAGAGAAAAUAAAAUUUUUUCAACAAUCUGCAAUUGAAAAUAUUGGAGGAGAGAAAGAAAAUUCAACACGGGUUAUGUAUUUUAAUCCAUUAUACGAUAUUAUAAAAAGUAAAUUGAAAACAACUUUUGUGGAACAAGAUACUAACAUUUUAAUUGAAGAAUGUUGUAACGAAGAAGUUAGUGAAGCUUCAAUUAAAAAUUUUAAGACAUUAUUAGCAAAAUUAUUUUUCGAUCUUCAAAUAGAUGAAAUAGUCGACAGAAAAUUAAAUAAGUGCAAGAUAAUUAUCAACAUAAUAGAAAUUUUGCUUCUUGGAAAGAGUAGAAAAUUUGUUCAACAUCAUCAAUUAAGGGUUAUGCAAAACUAG